AUGACGACGUACAACAUUCAUUUCAUCAACAAAUAUUCACAGGCGGGCAGCAACCAAGAUUAUGCCAUCUUCAGUGACCUGCCGAAGCUGUCUCAUAACCCUUCCAGCUCACCAUUAUACAGCAACGUCUUUCGUGCUACAUCAUUGACAAGAGGUGAAAGCUGGAAUAUCGGCAUCUCCAAUAGGCACUACGCCUGGUGCGGCACAGUCGAUCGAAAGCUCUCUGCCUUCGCUAAAGUCGUAGUGGAUUCUGGCAAGCUUGCAGUUCUCGGUACUCAAGCAGCACCUGGAUCUCUGAUCGAGGUAGUCAACAAGAACGGACGCCCCUCAUUCACCUCCAAGUCGGCUCUCACAAGCAAGUCAGACUCUUUUGCUCUACAGACAGAUCCCGAUGUAAGCCUCAAGUCGGAGAGUGUGGUUGGUGUCGCCACCGUCGAUGAUGAGGGUAAUCUACGACCACUUGCUACGAUGAAUGCGCCAUUCAAUGCAACCAUUGAUAUUACACCAAGCGGCACGUUCUACAUUGCUGCCAAGUCAGCCAGCGCCGGUACUGUGAUUGAUCCCACUACCGAGUCACACAAUGCUGCAACCAUCAACUUCGCGGCUUACCAAGGAAGUUAUGGUGCUAUCGUGACACACGAGGCUAACGGCGAUUUUGCGGUCGAGUAUGUCACACAACAAGCUUACAACAGUGCCAUCUCCAUGGCACAGGCCAGUGGUCUCGAUACAGAGACAGUGCCCCGUGUGACAGAGGAUGUUCGUGAUAGUGAAAUUGCAAAGCUGAGACAGCAGAUCCAACAAAUGCAGCUUCUCCUAGACACCCAAUCCCGCCAAGAACAACAUGAUCCUGCGACUGAAACUGCCGCCGCUCAGCCCUCGAUGCAGUUCCCAACGAUAGAAGAUACGCCUGCCAAGACAGUCACAUCCAUCGCCAAUGCUCCUAAAUCCGCCGUUGCCGCUACUCGUCCUACCACCGAUGUCGUCGCAGAUCCCUAUCCUUGCAAGCAGCCUACCACCUGGUACAAGGUCACCAUGCCAUUCCGCAACAGCCCUGGUCAAUCUCGUCGACGCGAGAUCCGUGAUCGCCUGAUUAGCCUCAUGCAAGCCAUCGGCUACAACUACGAAGGUGCAACCAUCGACAACGCCAUGAUCGCUCUAUUCAGCCAUAAUGCUGGUACCUACGGCAACUGGCACUCUGUCCUCAAAGCCAACGAGGACUGGAACGAAGCAUACAACAGCCUCUCAAGAAGCCUACGAGGAUUCGUCGGUACCGCCGAAGAACUGACCGUCGAGCGUGUCCAGGAGUCAAAAGGCCUAUGGAGAGCUCGUGGUGAAACAGAGAGCCGGGCGAAAGACACCACAGAACCAACCGACAGAAUCGCCGGCACUGUCGCCAGCCUCGGAAACACUUCAAGCAACAGUGCACGACCGUCGGCCCCCAACAGCAGCACAUCAUCCAAGCCUCUCACAAACGUCGUCCACCACGACCGCACCCACAGCAAGACAACAGCUAAACCCGUCACGAACGGCGUCAACGGCAUGCACCGCGACCACUCCCGCGCCAGCAGCAGAUCCGCCUCCCCAGUCUGGACCAACGGCAUCAGCACCACGACAAACGGUGUCCAAAGCCACAGUCACGGCCGAACAUCCUCCAAGACUACCUCGAAGCCACCGACCAACGGUGUACAUAUCGCACCCAAUGGAGCUAUUGCAAACGGAAUCAACGGCACAACACUCAACACCACGACGAAGAAGUACGACUACCCGCGAGCAGAGGAGACGGCGAUCGAGGCCGCGAAGCGACGUGCUAGAGCUGUGCUGGAGGCGGAGGGGUUAAUCGAGCUUGCGAGUGGGUGGAAGGUAUCCGGUCGAUAG